CAACAGCUCUCAAGUUUCCCGUCCUAUCUUCUCACCUCACCUCCGUCAUUUUGCGUUCUUCAUACACACAUACCUUAUCGCCAUGUCCCAAACAGUAAUUCUCAUCACCGGCGGCAACCGUGGACUCGGCGAGGGCCUCGUCAGGCGUUACCUCGCGCAGCCCAACCACACCGUCAUCGCCGGCAAUCGCAACCCCGCGCACCCAACGUCAAAGGCGCUGUCGGAACUUCCAGUCGGCGAUGGCAGCAAGCUGAUCGUGGUCAAGAUUGACGCUACCGUGCACCAGGACGCCUUCGACGCGGUCAAGGAGCUUGAGGAGAAGCACGGGAUCGAGUACCUCGACAUCGUGAUCCCCAAUGCCGGAAUUUCCAACAUCUGGCCCCCUGUCUUGGACCUGAAGCUUGAGGAUCUGAAGGCACACACUGAACCGAACGUCUACGGCUUCAUAUCGCUUUAUCAGGCCACGAGGGCGUUGUUGAAGAAGUCAACCAAGGGUCCGCAGCUCAUUCCCAUGGGUUCCAACGGAGGAGAUCUCACCAACCAGCCCCCAAUCCCAAACGCUGCGUACGGUCCGACCAAAGCUGCAGUAAACUGGUUGACGAUCCGCAUCAACACAGAGGACGAAUGGCUCAAUGCCUGGGUUAUCAACCCGGGUUGGGUCCAGACCGACUUGGGCAACGCGGGCGCUCGUGCUUUGGGUCUGGAGUCGGCUUUUAUAUCGGUGGACGAGUCAUGCGAUGGCAUGGUAAAGGUGAUUGCCUCUUCGACCAAGGAGAAAUACGGCGGAAAGAAGGUCACAUACAAUGGUGAUAUUGAGGUGUGGUAAAUGUCCGUAGUCGUUUGAGCAAGUGGUGUUUAUAGGGUCGCCUCCGUUCGACUUCGAGGAGUGGAUCAUCAUACCAACAGGCAGCUCAACGCAAAUAAGAGGAGGAGGAAGAGUGGGCGGAAUUGGCUGCAUCUGCAUUCUAGACUUGUGGAAACUUAGAGCUCUUGGUAUAGAAGUCAUAUUAAGUAGGCAGUGGUGUUAGCAUUGUGUUUCUUUUUGAACACUGGGUCUCGACCGUUUACCACUGCAUGAAGGCACAAUGUAUCUCCUUAGACGUA